AUGACCAUCGCCCAGACUGCCGUGCGCGCCCUCGCCGCCCCCACGACCGCCACUGCCGGACUUCAGCAGAUCGCCCAGCAGCACAUCACCAAGGGCCUCGGCCGUCUUCGUAACCACGUCUUUGCCAAGGGCAAGGGCCUGCGCGUGACCACGACCGAUGGCCGCGAGCUCCUCGACUUCACUGCCGGCAUCGGCGUCACCUCGCUCGGCCAUGCGCACCCCGACGUCACGGCCGCCAUCGUCGAGCAGGCCUCCUCCAUCAUCCACGUCCAGUGCGCCAUCGCCCUCUCGGCCCCCUAUGUCCAGCUCGUCGAGUCGCUCCUGGCCAUGAUGCCCCACCCGAGCCUUGACAGCUUCUUCUUCUGGAACUCGGGCUCCGAGGCCAUCGAGGCCGCCAUCAAGGUCGCCCGCUACCACACCAAGCGCAACAACAUUGUCGUCAUGCAGGGCGGCUACCACGGCCGCACGGCCGGUGCCGCUGGCCUGACCCGCAGCAAGACCAACUUCUUUGCUGGCACCGGCCCGCUCAUGCCGUGCGUGUACACCACGCCAUUCCCGUACUGGCACGCGAUGGGCCUCGACAAGAACACCCCCGAGGAGGUGCUCGUCGAGCAGGCCAUCACCCAGCUCGACAACCUUCUCCUCCAGCAGACCGCGCCAGAGGACACUGCUGCCAUCUUCCUCGAGCCAGUCAUCGGCGAGGGUGGCUACAUCCAGGCGCCGACCAAGUUUGUUGAGCACCUCCGCAAGGUGUGCGACAAGCACGGCAUCCUCCUUGUUGCCGACGAGAUCCAGACCGGCUUCUGGCGCACGGGCAAGGCCUUUGCGAUUGAGCACACUGGCGUCACGCCCGACCUCAUGGUCUUCGCCAAGGGCUUUGCCAACGGUAUGCCCAUCAGCGGUAUCGUCAGCCGCAAGGAUGUGCUGGACGGAAUGCCGGCAGGAUCGCUGGGUGGCACCUACUCGGGCAACGUUGUCGCCUGUGCCGCCGCGCUCGCAACGACGCGCUUCAUGCGCAGCCACGACCUCGGCUCGGCUGUGCUCGCGCGCGCUGAGCAGGUGCGCAAGGGCUUGGAGGAGAUCAAGGCUUCCAAGGCAGGCUGGAUCAUCGAGGACAUUCGCGUGACUGGCCUCAUGAUCGCCCUCGAGUUCAAGGACCCUCGCUCGCGCCUCACCAGCGGACACCACCUGCGCGCGGGCUACACCCUCCCGGCAUACAUCAACCGCCUGGUCCAGGACGCCGCACUCGACCGCGGACUGCUCACCCUCACCACUAGCAUCUACCCCGUUCUCCGCAUGAUCCCCUCUCUGUUGGUCUCCGAGGCCGAGGUCGACGAGAUGCUCGCCAUCCUUCGCGAGUCUGUCGCAGCGGUUACGAGCAGCAUCGAGGAGGCGGGCAAGGCGUGA